AUGCCUCCCAAGCGUCUUGCCGGCUCCUCGCGGGGCUCCCUGAACCCAAUUACCAAUGCCUACAAUGCGCUCUUUGUCUCCGAGAAUGCGCCGAUUGUGCGGAGUGUUGUCAUGUUCGGCGCUGCCGUGACAUUCCUAGCUACUGGGUGGGGCGAAUUCAUUCUAAGCCCGGCUUGA